UCUUUUAGAAAUUUCCUUUUGAACCUUAGAAUCAGCUUUUCUACUUUCAGAGAAAAAACUUGUUAGCAUUUUAUUGGGAAUGCACUAAACUUAAGAAUAGGACUCUAAAUUAUCUUUUAUAAUCAUUUUUUAGUUGAUUCAUGGUUUCCAGGUAAAAAUCACAUCAUCUCCAAAUAAUGAAAAAUUCACCUCUUCAUUUCUCAUGAAGAAUUGUUUUUGUGGGGUGUAAAAAGGCAGCAGCUUCAUUUCUUUCUCUUUUUUUUUAACAUAAUAAGAUUCUUCAAAUGGACAAUGGUUCAGUUUUAAAAGUUAGUGUAAACAGGAGAAAAAUUAUCUUCCUACCCCCUUCUCUAGCUCUCCUCUCCACAGGUACCCGAUGUUCCUUGUAGUGUCUUUUAUAUCUUGCUACAGAUAACUCAUAUGCGUGCAGGCCAACACAGCUGCCCCUGAGCGUGCUCCAGGUAGCACAGUCGUAGAAGCCCUAGCAAAAGCUGGGCUUUAGAAAACCAAAGAGGGCCAAAGAGGAGGUCCUUUCCUGUGUCUUAUCUUCUCAGUGACUAAAUAAGUAGAAAUAGAAAAGACAUAGGCCCUGAGUCCCAAGAUAGUUCCCACCCUUCUCUGGAAGAGUGUCCCAGACCCGGAGGGCUUACAAGAGCUGGGGCUCUGACUUCUACUUUUAGGACAUUUAUUUUUCACCAACAAAUUCUACCUCCUUAUCUGCUUCACACAGAUGAAUCCCAGACACACAGGUUCUCUCUAUUACCAAAAUAGCCACAAACAUCUAGCAACUUGAAGUCCAGGAUAUGUUUAGGGCCUGAGAUCUGGAGUUGGAUGUGGGCCUCCUGUUUAUGGAGUCAUCUCUUCCAGAGUCUUCCAGUGUUGUCCAGAUCCAGAGAGGCAGCACGGAGCAACAGUUCAAGACAGGCAUUUUCUGUGGUCGAGUGGAGAAGAGCGGCCUGCAACCAUGGGACAGGGCUCCGGUCUAUGCAUUUCCAUCCACCCUGAAGAAGGUAGCCCUCAUUGCACAAACUGGAGAGCACCCUUCCAAGGCCAACAAGACCCAAGCCAUGUUCCCAAUUUCCCGUUUGGGGGACCAGAAGUGGUGGAAUGCGGCAGUGGAAGACAGAGAUGACCAGUGCUGGACCAUCUCUGUGACUGCGCCCGCAGACGCCAUCAUUGGCCGCUACUUGCUCCUGCUGCAGGUCUUGGGCAAGAAGCAAUUCCUCCUAGGCCAAUUCACAGUGCUCUUUAACCCAUGGGCUCGAGAGGAUGCUGUGUUCCUGAAGAAGGAGUCUCAACGCAGGGAGUACGUGUUGAACCAGAAUGGCCUCAUCUACCUGGGUACCGCUGACUGCUUCCACGCAGAGCCCUGGGACUUUGGCCAGUUUGAGAGCAGUGUCAUUGACCUCAGCCUGGGCCUACUGAGCAUGGACAAGCAGGUGGAGGAGUGGGGCAACCCGGAGCAUGUGGCCCACAUUUUGGGUGCCUUGCUGCAUGCUCUCAAGGAGAAGAGUGUCCUGCCCACCCCACAGACCGCCGCCGCCGCCCAGGAAAGGGCCUUGCUGAGCAAGCGCCGGGGCAGUGUGCCCAUCCUGCGCCAGUGGAUCACAGGCCACGGGCGACCUGUGUGUGACAGUCAGGCCUGGGUGUUUGCCGCAGUGGCUUGCACAGUGCUGCGAUGCCUGGGAAUCCCUGCCCGCGUCAUUACCACGUUUGCCUCAGCCCAGGGAACCGGCGGCCGCUUGUUUGUAGAUGAAUACUACAAUGAGGAGGGCCUUCAGAAUGGAGAAGCCCAAAGAGGCAGAAUCUGGAUCUUCCAGACUUCCACGGAGUGCUGGAUGACCCGGCCUGCUUUGCCCCCAGGUUAUGACGGAUGGCAGAUUCUGUACCCACGUGUUCCCAGUGGAGGUGGAGUUCUGGGGUCCUGUGAUCUGGCCCCUGUCAGAGCAGUCAAGGAGGGGACACUAAGCCUGACCCCUGGAGUAUCAGACCUUUUCGCCGCAGUAAAUGCGUCGUGUGUGGUCUGGAAGUGUCGUGAGGAUGGUGCACUGGAGCUGACCAACUCCAGCACUAAGUAUGUUGGCAACAACAUUAGCACCAAGGGUGUGGGCAGCAACCGCUGUGAGGACAUCACUCAGAACUACAAGUAUCCUGAAGGAUCUCCUCAAGAAAAAGAGGUGCUGGAGAAAGUCCAGGAAGAGAGAAUGCGAUAUGAAAAACACAGUGGUAUCCAUCCUCCCAGUCUCAAGACUGCUGAGCCUCUAUACAUGUUCUUGGAAGCACCCUGCUCCGUAUACCUGGGAGGGAAUGCCCAGUUCUCAGUGAGCCUGGUUAACCCCAGUGACCAGGAGAGGGCAGUGCAGCUGGCAUUUGGGUUGCAGGCAAUAUACUACAAUGGCAUCCUUGCUGCUGAGCUCUGGAAGAAGAAGCAGUCCCUGAUGCUCGGUGCCAACAUGGUUAACAAAACCAUCAAAAACCUGGCCUUCUUCCAUUUUGAGCAAAGCCCACCAGAGAACAGCUUCCUCAGACUCACUGUCAUGGCCACGGCAACACAGUCUGAGCCCAGCCUUAGCUGCUUUGCUCAGGAAGACAUCGCCAUUUGUAGACCAUACCUUACCAUUGAGAUGCCAGAGACAGCAGAGCAAUAUCAACUUCUUAAGGCUUCAGUCCGCCUCCAUAACUUCCUAGAUGCUCCCAUGAAGGACUGUGUGAUCUCCCUCUUUGGAAGGGGGCUCAUUUACAGAGAGAGGAGGUACAGAUUAGCUUCCGUGUGGCCUGGAAACACCUUGCACACCGAAUUCCAGUUCACACCAACACAGGUGGGGCUCCAGAGGCUCACUGUGGAAAUGGACUGCGAUAUGUUCCAGAACGUAACCAACUACAGAAAUGUCACUGUGAAGGCCCCUGAACUUCCCGCUUAAACGUCCAAUAAUCAGCGCAUAAUUAAAGUCUGAUGUUGAUAACAUGAACUUGGUCCACUAGAGAAAUAUGAAAAUUAUUAGGUAUAUAGAAAACAGGCCCUAGGAGAAAAAAAUAAAAGAACUGGACUCCUUUUAUACAAAGUUAUCAUUUUUUGGGGUUUACGUUAUUUUGUUGCUAUGGCACUCUCUCAGUUUGAAUUUAGUUCCUUCUCUUUAUGACUCUUAUUACAAGUAUAAAAUGGCACUUGAUAAAAGUAAAUUAAAACUCAUUUGACGUAAGGAAUUUCAACCCAAGUACCCACUAAUUGCUCAGAAGAAUGAAUGCUGUGGCUGAUUAUACCUAAAAAGACCCUGGGGACAUCAGCAGGGCAGAUGGGAUAAGUCGCACCCAUGCAAGGAAAAGGACUGGCAUUAGAUGUUGUGGAGACCUGCAGUACAGGCAUAAGGGCUAAGUCAGGUCACCAGAAUACACAUCAUACAGGUUUAUCUUGCUUUCCAAUAUGUGAUCUUCCAGACCAAUGCAAAAAUAUAAUUAAGUCAUGAUGAUUGUGCAAAAGGAUUAACUGAAAAGGCCCUUAAAACUAUAUAAACUCUCUUAUACAUUUACAAAUUUUUGAUGUAUAAAAAUUUUGUAUUUACAUUUGGAAACAGAUGUAAUAUGUAACAAAACAAUAAUACAAGUAUGCAUAAGAAAAACAAACCUGUUCAAUAAAGUGGACAAACCUAACAAAUGAGCUUAAUACUAAAAAAUAAUUUUGGAGACAUGGAUGGAAUAAUAUUCAGAAGGACUUAAUGGUAAGAAUAAUAUGUAAUUGCUGAAGCACUGA